CUGGCACACUCGACAGCGGCUUUGUUAUGUCACCGACCAAAGAAAGGGAUAAAUCUCAGCUGACUAUGCUGGUGCACGUGAAAUCAUGGAUGAUUUAAUAUGCAGAAGAGAAAAUGUCCUCCUUUUCAUACCCAACUUAAUAGGGUAUGUGCGGGUUAUCCUUUUAUUUGCAUCGUGGAUCUUCUUCAACAAUCCAGUCCUCUUCCUGUGCUUUUACACAGCUUCAGUCUUGCUGGAUGGUCUAGAUGGAAUCGUUGCUCGGCAAUUGAAUCAAACAUCAGCAUUUGGAGCAUGGUUGGAUGUUGCUACAGACAAUCUCGGCAGAGGAAUGCUUUGGACCUUGCUUUAUAAGUGGGGAUACUUUAUCAGUGCAGUGGAGUGGAUGGUAUUUGUGUGUACACAUUCACUUGGAGCACAUUGGAAGAGUGCUCAAUCCAACCCACCUUCAUGGGUUCAACUUGUUAUGGCUAAAGGAUUUAAAACACCUGCAGGAGCAUUUGCAAUCUGUGGUCUUCAUGGGCUCCCUGUGUGGUUGUAUGGUAUGAAUAAACACAUGUGGUCACCAUUCAUGUCACAUCACUUACAGUUGGGAGUCACUGGAAUUUUAGUGUCUGGUAGAGCCUUGUGCAUGGGAGUUGAGGUUUGGUUUAUUACAAGUCACAUUAAAGAUUUACUGGCAGAUCAUGAACAAAAAAGGCCCUUAUCAAAUACAGAACCCAUGAUGGAAGACACUGAUUAAAGAUGCAUGCUAUCUUGAAAUCUGUCAUGCCAGCUGGUGGCAUUUAAAGAUAGCUUUUUCAUCCUGAAAUUCUUAAAAAAUUCAGCACUAAUAAAAACUGAGCAUUUUGUACCUUUCUUAUCACUGAAUUAUUCUAGGAAUUGUAAGUAUUUUUUCUGAUCAUAAAAGUUUCCACCUAGGGACAUUUUAACAUAUAUCAAAUACUGAAGAUGU